CUCCCAAAAGCCAAUGGAGAGAGGGUGUAUGCCCGCGAUGUGUAAACCUCCCGUAUACGAGGCGCUCAGUCCGUCUCGAGCGGCUCAGCACGGCGCAGUGUAGCGUUAUAACGCACGUGAUCUUCGAGCGCGCGCAGAGAAAGUCAAGCAAAGAGGAACAAUACAAUAAACAGCAGUGUUCAGGGUUACAUCAGGAUCAUUACACAUCGGGUUCAGGAUGAAGAAGAGCCAUCUGGUCAAAAGGGGUGUUCAAGAUGCAAUGCCGCUGUCCUCACAGCCAGACAAAGUGGGCUGGAUACGCAGGUUCUGUGGUAAAGGCAUUUUCAGAGAAAUCUGGAGAAAUCGCUUUGUUAUGCUCAAAGGUGACCAGCUAUAUAUUUUCGAAAAAGAGAUGAAGAACGAUGGUAAGACGCACGAAGUGUUUGACCUGGCUGAAUACGAGAGAUCGGAGGAGGUGCGUAAAGCCAAAAGUCACAGCAAAAAGAACCACAGCAAGUUCACUCUGUUGCGCCGCCGGCAGCCUGGGGCCCGCACUCCCAAUCUUGUGUUCUUGGCUGUUAGUCCAGAGGAAAAGGAGUCUUGGAUCAAUGUUCUGAACACAGCCAUUAUAAGAGCCAAGAACCGCAUACUGGAUGAGGUUACGAUUGAGGAGGACAGCCUCUUGUCUCAUCCAACACGUGAUCGUGCCAAGAUCCCACUCGGGCGCCGCUUGCCCACACGGGGUCAUCUUAUGGCUGUGGCCUCGACCUCUUCAGAUGGUAUGCUGACUCUUGACCUUGUACACGAGGAGGAAGCUGGCAUGCUGGAACAUGAUCAUGCUGUGUGGGUAAAGGACCAUCGGGGAAAUCUCGACUUGUUGGCCCCCGCACGAAGGCGUGCUGGCACCGAUGUCUCCAGACCCCGAGAGACCCCGGUGGAGGGCAGGGUGAAGACCAGCAGCCUGCCCCGUGAGAGUGAACUUUCUUGGAGCCACCAGAGCCAGACUCAAUCCCCUCAGCAAAGGAAGAAUCCUGUACCGCUGGGAAGAACUCACUGCGACUCACUGGAUAACACCAUGAGUCUCACAAGUCAACUUCAAGACAUAAUAAACCAGCGGCUGCAGAGGACACAGGAGCUAUUGGCGGAGAUCCAGGGACAGGAAUCCCAACGAGGACGAAUGGGUUGCUACCCCCAGCUGAGGGGUAUAGAUUCCCCAUGGCUGUGCCAUUUAAAGGGAGCAGAUUCCCCCCGGUCUAAGAGUUCCAGCUCAUCUCAUGGGAAAAGCACUGACUCCCUCUCACGAAUUCAGACCAGUGAUUCGCCAAGCUCCAAGACAAAGGAAUCACCUUCUGUCAAAGGGAAGGAUUCCCCUCAUUCGAAAUCCUCAAGGUCACCUCACUACAUGGACCAGUUCCGUUCAAGGAGUGUUGAUUCACCGGAUUCAAAGGCUUCCCCCUCACCCACCAUGAAAUGCAUCGAUCUGACCCACAUAAAGGGUUCAGACUCACCCGUUUCCGCUGGCAACAGUUCACCCUGUUCGAAGACCAUUGACUCCCCCAGGUUGUGUCUUUUGAGUUCGCCCUAUUUUAAAAGAAUAAAGAACACGGACACAUAUAACGAGUUGCUGGACUGGGAGAGCAGGAAGGCAGCGACUGAACGGUUGCUACUGGAAGCAAUCUCCUCGUGGGAGGAAGCAAGGGAGGUUCUGGCAGAGGUGAAAGAGCUCCAGGCAAGACAGAAGCAAGCAGAGCAGAACAAAGCACUGGAUCCUUCAACACUUGCACAGGACAGCAAGCAGGGAACCACCUGACCAAGACCUAGUCACAAUGAUGUAAACUAGUACAGCAAUUCUAAAUAAAUGAGAUGAGAUAGCACAAUAAAUUCAUCAAUUGCACUGAAAGCGUAAUGUGUACCUGCACUAAAUUCUUGUAGCACAAUGUUGAUAUUUUUAAUCUUCUCAAUAUUUCCUGCAACACCUCAGGCCCUUGUCUUUGCACUGGAAGUUUUUACUGUAAAUUUGACUGUAAGUUGUACCCUUGGCUUUGAAUAAUGUAAAGAUUCGUUUCUACUACGAGUAUCCCUGUUUUAUCGUUUACAGUUGGAAGUCAAUGUUUAAUCCAUUUUUAAUUCGCCCGUUUUAGAUACAAUGUGAAUAUGAUGCAACGUCGAUAAAUAUGUGUGGUCAUGUUGUCUAACAUGCCCACUUACACAACUUUUGUCGCAUAAUCUUUCUAUUAAAUGACAGAAUUUUACCAUAUACUGUACUUCAACAAUAAAAUGCCAGUUUGUCUCAAAGAAUCGCUGCUUUGUAAUCAGUGUAUUUGUUGUCGUGUUAAUUUUUAAAGUUUGGCAAAAACCACCACAUCAGCUGAUCAUGAUUAAUUUCACCGCCGCUUCUUUAUCAGUGUU